CAGAUCCCGACAGAUCCCCAAUGCUGGCCCCGGGCCUCCUCGCGCGAUCCGUGCCCCGCGUCGCGACGCGGCUUGGCUCGCCGAGCAUGCUGGACGCGCUCGACGUCGCCGAUAUCGCGUCGCAGGUUGCCAACGCUGCGGCCGCGCCGCCGCCGGCCUACGAGGGAACCGCAGCCGUCGCACCGCUCGCCUCAGCAUCGGCUGGCUUCUCCGAUCUCGCCGAGCCGGCGGCUGCCGCGGGGUCGUUUGGCCUCGCCGACCCCCUGGUCGUCUUUGGGGGCGUCGUGGCCGGCGCGGCCUUCAUCAUCCUGUUUGUCAACACGCUUGUUUCUCUGCUCGAGGGGGAGUCGGCGGCCAGCGCCGCCGCCGCCGGGACGCCCGCCGGAGGCGCGGCGAGCGCGCGGGCUGGCUUCCUGCGCCGCAGCGCGGCGCAAAUCUUCAGCGGCGGCCUCGAGAACCUCCAGGAUUCGCCCGUGGGCUGGCUAUUUGGGGAGGCCUCGCCGCUCUACUCCAACGAGCCCCAGCGCCCGUCCCCACCAGCGCCGGCCUUCGGCCGCAUGGGGACCAAAGAGGCUGCGCGGAAGGGGCGCAAGGGCUUUGCGGCGCCCGCCGCUGCGGCGCCCGCCGCUGCCGGUGUUGUCACCCCCACGGCGCGGUCGCCCACUUCGGUGCAGGCUGCAAGCCAGCCCUUCGGCGGGCGCUUUGCAUCGGCACCCGUUGCCACAGUGCCAACUCCCGCCCCCAAGCCCUUGGCGGGACGCCCGGUCUCGGCAACCGCCGCCGUGGCCAUCAAGCCCAAAGCGGCGGCGGCCCCCAAGCCAGCGCCCGCCGUCCCCGCCGUCUCUGCCGUCCCUGCCGCUGGGAUGCCCAGCGUCCCAGCGGUAGCGGCCGUCCUUGCCACGCCAGUCUCCGUCACUCCCGUCGCCACUCCCGUCCCAGCCACCCCUGUCACUGCCACCCCCGUCACCGCCACCCCCGCCACCUCCGCCGGCGCCGUACCAGCCACCCCCGAACCAGCCGUCGCUGUCCCCGCCAGCAGUGAGGCUGCGGUCGCGGCGCUGGCGGAUCGUGUGGCUGCGUUGACGGAGCGAAACAACCAGCUGGUCGAGCUCUACCAGAAGCUGCAGGGGGAGGUCGCCGACCUCCGCAAGAAGGAGUGAGGCGCCUCCCACUACCGGGCGCCACGCUUGCAUCGUGCCGUGCCUCCUCCCUGCGCUAAAGCCGAGGGCAGUGCCGCCGGCGCGGAGGCGGGAUAGAUGGAUGCAUCUUGCGUCGCGGCGGCCUCGUCCCCUCGAGGUUCCGUCGACCAUUGGCGCGCUGGCUCGUUGUCUCACGCUGACCCGUUUCAAGGACCCGCGCGGCGGCACGCG